AUAUGCGUAAAGCUUUGUCAAGAGAUGUGAAGAAAAAAUCUGUUGUUCCGUUAACGCAUCCUGUAAGGCCUGAGGAUGUUGACUUGUGAAGGUGGAAGAAUCAGCUGUUCCAGCUGAUUUGUUUCUUGAUUUUUAUUUUUUUUUGCUUGAUGUUAAGCGUGUCUUCUGUCAUUUUAAUGGAUAGGCGGUGGGGUUAUUUUUCAGACACUUCUCGCUUCCUGACUACCUAUUUUCAAUUUCUUGAGUAAUUUCUUUUUUCUUGUCAAUCUCUUUUCGCUUCAAAGUUUUUGUAUGCUAGCAAUAAAACCUAUAAUUGUCAUUGAAUUUGUAGAUAGUAAUUGUUAAGAUAUACUGUAAUGCAGUAAUUGUAGUUACUACUGUGUAAGUUCGUUAUCUUUAAUGAGGAUAUAUUGUAAAUAUUUCUUUGCCUUAGAAUUUUCAUUGUCUUGUCAGCUUGAGCACUGCCUGUACUGAAAUGGUAUGUUUUUAAUAGUAAAAAUAUUUUUUUUUUUUGCUAGGAUCACAGUUUUGCUUAAUGUUUAAUGACAACAGUGCACCUGGAAAGAACAUGCUUGGCAUUUAGAUUCCCGCUCUCUGAAAGCAUAAUUCACAUUAUAGUGUGGACAAUAUUUGCUAUUCAGUGUCGCCAAAAUAAUGAUAGGAGCAAAGGAAAACAUAUAGCAACACUCCAAUAUUUUCAUGGGGUGUUGUAAUGUCUAAUUGCUAGUGCUAUUGUCCGUUGUGGCUAAUGUCCAAUUUGCAUUAUGGGGUUUCUCAAGUCUCAGGUCAAAUAAUUGCCAAGCUUUCAGAUCCAAGGCAGCUAUUGUACAGAAAUAGAGCAUUGAGAUGUGAGUUUUAUGUUUACAUAUUCCCAGUUCAGCGUCUUCUGAAUAUACGAUUAGCUUUGUACCGAACAGAAAAAUAUUAUUCUGCUUCCAUUUAAAGAACUGUUGAAGAGUGUUUUUAUAAUGAAUGUGCUUUAAUUGCACAAUCUCUGUAAUAUCAUUUCACAAAUGACUGAUAGUAAAACACUUUCAUUAAAAUUAAGCAGAUUUUGCUUCUAAGGCAUACCAUUUUCAAAUCUUCAUGAUUAACUUUAUUUUAUUAUAUAUCUGUCUUUAGCAUGUGAAAGAUAGUGAUGGCAUAUCUGGGAAUAUCAAUAUUAUAUAUUUUCACUGAGUCGUUGUGAUUUCGAUAAUCAUCUUAAUGUAUACUGUAUGUUAUAUAUAAAGGGUUAUAUACUAUUCAGUGACAUUGACGAUUUGUAAUGUGGAAGUAAUAUAUAAUUGUGUAUCUGUGUGAUGUCUGAACAAUAAAAUUGUUACAGAUUUCACACUUUUAUACUAUCCACUUAUAUUCUCUUGUCUAAGGAGAACUGUUAUUUCUACCAAGUACUUCAUGCUAAUCUAUUAAAGCUGAUAGUUUAUAAUAAAUCUUAUAAUUUAAUAAGAACUUUAUGAAAGCCAUGAGAAGAUGCUAAGACUUAUUCACAGAGAACUGAUGUUUUUGUUGGGUUUUUUUUACAUGUAAAAAUAGAAAUGUCUUCAGGUAAAGUGUCUUAUUGUCCCAUUACAGAAAUAUUUAUACACGAAUGUUUUCAUUCUGAAACCAACUAAUAGCUUAUUUCUUUAUAUUAUUGAAGACAUUCGCUCCUGGCAUGUUCUACAAGUUAUUUUUAAUUUUGUUAGUGAAGCCUCAAACCAAAUCCAAGAGCAAUAAAUAUUAGAAAUAAGAUUUUUGGUAAUCUUGUGACAAUUGCACAAAAGUAGGAUCUUACUAUCUAGGUUGUACAUUAAUAAUACUUUUUAACUAACAAUAAAUAGUGUUUGUUUAUAGUAGACAUUUUUGUGGGAAUUGUGUAAUUUUUUUUAAUUAACACUUAGAAAAAACAAGCUUUUUGCAUUAACCCACUAUGACAUUAAUGAUAUACCUUUCAAAUGUGGAAUUAUAAUUCUUUGUGAUAAACCUUUGAGUACAAGAUAUAUGAAGAAAAAAAAAUUAAGGAAACAUUUUUGCAAUCUUGUGUUGGAACUCGUGCUGUCCUUGUGGAGACUGUUAAUGUUUGCUUCAAUCUCUAAUUAUAAAUAUACACAACCUAUGUAAUAUAUACAGCUGUGAGAAAUGUGUUUUUGUUUUUGCUACCUAUAUUAUCAGUUCAAAUAAUGAUAAAAAACAGGCAAUUGUAGAUAUAUAUAUUGAGGAAUGAAAAUAAAUAACAAUUUGAUACAUCAA